UUGUGGAAACCAACAAAAAAAAAAAAAAAAGGAAAAGAGAAAGGAAUUAUUUGCAUAUAAUGUGCUCCUUUAUCUCUAAUGUUCCUCUUUAACUUAAGGAUAUGUGUUGUAGUUUGGAAUUUUUCCUUACCAUUUUCAGAAAAAAAAGAGAAAACAUUUGCUUUAAAUAUUUUCCCGGAGAGAGUAAUUUUGUGCUAAGUGACGAACAUCUAUGUAUGGAAUUCUUCGUGUGCUUCUAUGCACUUCAAAUGUGAGUAAUUUCCCGUCACGCUUAGACCAAAAAAGAACAGUAAUUGUUUCCCUGAUAAUUAGAUUUCACGAAUUUCUUAAAUGAAAGUUUUAAUUGUUUUUUCUUUUCACCCAAAAAAAGUUUUCCUUAAAUAUAAAAAUUUCAAAAAAAAAAAAAAAUCUCGGCUACCAGGUGAACUACACAACCAUGGCCACCAUACUCCUCCACCUAUCACUCAAACCAAGAGCAGCUACCGCCCCAGCCUUCCGCUCCCCGAUCAUACCAUCCUCUAAACCCAGAUUUCUCACUCUUCAACCCAUCAAAGAAACUAAUCCUAUUACCAAAAAAGUUUCAUCCUACAAAAAUGGAAAUGGCAGCAACACCCCUCCCCUCCCUGAAACAGAGUGCCCUGUUCCACAUGAGCAACAACCCAUGCACGAAUACCAAUCUCUCUCCACAUCUUUCCCUUUCUCUUGGGCCUCGGGGGACCUUGUAGAAUACUGCUCUCGCUUGUUCGUUACCGGUUUUUCUUUCGCGCUCUUAAUUGGUCUACCUGUUGCCUGGUUCGGUUCAGUGGGACCCAAAUCCGAGCCGUUGAAGCUAGUUCUUGCAGCGGCUUCGAGUGGUAUUCUUGUGGUUACAAUUGCUGUUUUGAGGAUGUAUUUGGGUUGGGCUUAUGUUGGGAAUCGCUUGCUCAGUGCAACUGUUGAAUAUGAAGAAACAGGGUGGUAUGAUGGACAGAUAUGGGUCAAGACUGCGGAAGUUUUGGCACGUGACAGGCUUCUUGGUUCAUUUUCAGUCAAGCCUGUGCUGAGCAGAUUAAAAUACACUCUAGUAACCCUAGCAGUAUCUUUGCUUGUAUGCGUUCUUCCCCUCAUAAAUGUUGAUCUGGGAGGCCAAGAGGGUUCCUACACGACAUCUAAAGAUUUUGGGGUUAGAGCUAUACCAGGAAUUUACAAUGAUGAUUCUGCAAGAUCAUUUGAGCCGGAUGCAUUCUGUGGUGAACCUGGUCUUCCCUAGUUCACUAUCUGUGCAGCUGGUAAUACUUUGUAUAGUCCAUUAAUUUAUAUAUUCAAGAGCACAUCCUAUCUCCUUCAAGUCCUUCAUGUAUAGUUUUAUUCUAUUUGCUGCAUUUUAGCUGUAAUUGCAGUAGCUUGUAUAUUUCUUUUUCCCUGUCCUUCAAAGCUAAUGUUAGGAAAUGAAAAUUUUGAAAUAUUUAAGUUAGAAAAGGAAGAAUAGAAUCUGUUUCCGAUGGAUUAUUGUCUUGGUCGGUAGCUGAUUGCAUGUGAAUGCAACCUGUAAGAAGGUUAUGCGCGAGAAAGUACAAGGAUGAAGUGAUUUGAAUUUAAGCCCUAUCCCUGUCCUUUCUCUGCCGCACUGAUCCCCUCAUUUGCGAGUUUUUUUUUUCCCCAAACUUAAACUUCUACUGCGUGAAGCUACCCAACGUUUUGCCAGACAGACAACUUAGUGUUGAAAGAACUAAGGUGAUGCGGUUAUCUUUGUUCCCUUCAUCAGGGUUUUUCAAAAAGAAAAAGAAAGUGAAUGAUUAAAGAUAGCACCAUUGAAAUCUUAGAUGUAUCGUGUACCCAUUCUGUUAAUAUCUGAGGUCAAAGUCGGUGCCCCUCCCCAUUUUGCUUUCAUUCAAAGAUUUUUCUCGCUUGCAAUCCUUUUUGACUUGAAUACUUAAAUUUACCUGCUCCCUUUAGCCGGCAACGUUUAUAUCCUUUAUAUCCUCAUCCAAGAUUAUUCUUAUCUGCAAAAGGGAUGUUUUCCACAUCAAUAAAUCUUGGAGAGAGAUUGAGUUACUGAACGCAAGACUGCCAAACAAAUUGAUACCCAAAAUCUUCAUAAAAAAUUCACAAAUGAGCAGCAUGUCUGCUCUAUCACAAUGGCUUGAAUUUGGAGACAACUCAAGCUUAUACAAGAUGGAUCCCCUGAAAUUGCAUUAACUUUGAUGCUUGGCUAGGAAACCUGAUAUCAUGACAACGUUUUUCAGACAAAGCAAAUCCCACCAACAGCUUCUUUCUCCAAGUAAAACAUGGUUCUGGCAUGAUCGGAUAGGGAUAUCCGGGUUUCAGAAGGUAAAAAUGUUUGAUUUUGUAAAAUUUUUUCCAAAAAGUUAAAAUGGUAGGUUCAUGCACCUGACCAUCAUUAUUUAUCCUUUACACUAAAAGGUUAGAACCCUUAUUGAUUUCGUGCCAAUAUUUAAGCUCACGUUACAUAUAUUGUCCCUCUACACUGUAUUUCACUAUUAAAUCAAGC